CCCCGCGCCCGGCCCGAUGGCGCCUCGGCCGCUGAGCCCCUUGGUGCUGGCGCUGGGCGGCGCCGCGGCCGUGCUGGGCUCGGUGCUCUUCAUCCUCUGGAAGGCCUACUUCGGCGGUGGACGCGAGCGGCGCUGGGACCGGGGCGAAGCCUGGUGGGGCGCGGAGGCUGCCCGCCUCCCCGAGUGGGACGAGUGGGACCCUGAGGACGAGGAGAACGAGGAGCCGGCGCUGGAGGAGUUGGAGCAACGCGAAGUGCUGGUGCUGGGGCUGGAUGGCUCCGGGAAGAGCACGUUCCUGCGUGUGCUGUCGGGGAAGCCACCGCUGGAAGGCCACAUCCCCACCUGGGGCUUCAACUCCGUGCGGCUGCCCACUAAGGACUUCGAGGUGGACCUGCUAGAGAUCGGUGGCAGCCAGAACCUGCGCUUCUACUGGAAGGAGUUUGUGAAUGAAGUGGACGUGCUAGUGUUCGUGGUGGACUCUGCUGACCGGCUCCGGCUGCCCUGGGCCCGGCAGGAGCUGCACAAGCUGCUAGACAAGGACCCUGACCUGCCUGUCAUUGUGGUGGCCAACAAGCAGGACCUGAGUGAGGCCGUGAGCACGGUGGAGCUGCAGCGGGAGCUGGGCCUGCAGGCUGUCGAUAGCCAGCGGGAGGUUUUCCUCUUGGCAGCCAGCAUUGCCCCUGCAGGACCCGGCUUUGAAGACCCUGGCACCGUGCAUAUCUGGAGACUGCUCUUGGAGCUUCUCUCCUAGGCUGGUGCCCACCUGCUCACUGCCCAGCCCUGGAACCCCAGUUCUGCUGCUCCCGCUGCCUCAUUGCCCGCCUGGGCCUGGGCAGGAGCCACGUGGCAGCACUUCCCCUCUCCCCUCCUUGCCCUCUCAACAGCAAGGCCUGGGCAAGGCCAAGAACCACACAGAAGCCUUCCUGGUGAGGUGGCCGUGAGGCUGAAGCAGGGAGGUGGGUGAGCCAGAGGGUGGGAGAAGGUAGUGUCUGGCUCCUUCAGGGUGGGAAGUGGAUCCAGCUUUCACCAGUGAAGGCACCCUCCUUCUCUGACCUGUGCAGUGAGAUGCUCAGGAGGCUCAGUUCUCCCCUCCCUGCAGGUCCUGGUGGAUGAGGACCCGUGUAGGUGUGAGAAGUAGUCCCAGUCUAGACGGACCCUUCCUGGUGAAUUCACACCCCUCUCACGCAGGCAGGUUCUGGACAGUGAGCCCUGGCUGCCAGUCCCGCAUUGUCCUCCAGCCCCACCUCUGCCCAACUGGCUCAUGGCCUUGUGCAGUCUCUGCCUCUCUGGCCCCGGGAGAUGAUUUUUAAAGGAAGGUGAUUUCUGUGGUUUUUUCUAAUUUGGAGAUGCAUUUCCCAGCUGUGAAGAUAAGAAGUGCUAGCACGAAUCAGGAGAUCCUAGCAAGGAGCUGUCUGAAAUGUCCCUACUUUCCCCAAGCCAAGGCCUUGCCUGCCAGCCUCUCUUGACUACAGAAUAAGUGCUAUUCACCCCCUAAUCGGAAAAACUGAGGGCUUUUUUCCCCCUAAUCUGGAGACAGAAGCUGCUGUUCUUGCACUAACUGUGCCAACAUCCCUGUUUACGUAAGUCUGGGGAAAGAAGGAGCCCAUGUCACUGGGAAGAAGACUUCAGCCCAAGCUGGGCUUUGGCCUCAGAACUGCAUUUUAUUUAUUUAUUUAUUUAUAAAAGGAACAGGCCAGAGUUUUAGGCUCUGUUUCUAGGUGCUGUUAUCAAAACCCUAGAUGAUUGUCAUAGAAAAUUUGGAUCUUUGAGGAAAACAGCUGGGAUCAUGAAUGAAAUGUGAUGACCUACACGUGUUAGUAGAGACAAAGCUCUAGCUUCCCCCACCCUUUGUGGCUGUAAUUGAUGUCCUAAUCUUCCCAUUGAUCCACAGGAACUUAAACUCCACCCCUUGGCCCAGUAUGUCGAUAAUAAAUGACUGGAAGAGGAAAUUUCAAUCAUGUAAAUCCAGGUACAAAGAAAUGGGAAUUAGCAGAGCAGCCAACAGGGUGGCCUUGGGUAUAUCACUCAGCCUUGCUAGCCCCAUUGAUGCCCCAGUGAAGCAAAGCGGGACAGAAUCGCUGCUGUUCUCUCCAGUGCACAUUCCAUGAUUCUCCUGUGUCCAGUGACCAGCCACUUUAAGGACUGUGUCUGUACUGACACUUCUCUUUAGUGCAGGCAAAAGAAGGAGGCUUUUGUCUCUCAGGGGCCACUGAAUAAUCAACAGCUACAAAGGGACUUUUUUUAGAGGAGAUACCCAACUCAGUUUGCUUUUUCAUUGAGAAUAGAGAUUAUGUGCCUUCAGUUCAUUUGACAUUUACUCAGUGUGCUUCAGUUCCAUGCUCUGGCCGGUGCGAGAAGAGACAGAGCGAGGGAGAGUGGGGGAGGACGCUCCCGGAGUCCAGAAGUGAGCAGGAUAAUUGGAAGAGUAGCCUGCUGGGCUCUUGGGCUGUGGGUGAAUCAGAAUAGAUUCACUUUCUUUGAAAUGCUAACUUUCUGCAUUAAGUGAUUUGUCUGCUUUUAUUUUAAAUAUGUAAGGAAUGAUUUGGGUUUUAGAGUAGACUUUGAAACUUUGCUGACAACUCUUUAUUUUGCUAUUGGAAGGUUGAGAAACUGUCCUCUGUGUUCUGUGGACUUCACCUUGUUUUCCAGUGCUGGAAAGUUACCUUUGGAACCAACACUGGUGAGGGGGACCCUUUUCUUCUCAUUAAGAUCUGCCUUUGGUCUAAUGAGUAUCAUUAUGUAGUACAGUUUUUAAUGUCCCCAGUGGGGGGAGGUGAACUUGAAUAAAGAGUUUAACUGUA